AUGCGCCUUUCUUUCCCCCUCCAUCUGGCCCUUCUAGCCCAGCACGUCAUCUCAGCUGACAUCUCGCUCGGCUUCAACACCCCCCAAAUCAACGAGAACCGCACACUCGAUGAGAUCUACCAGGCAGCCCUAGCCGAGGGCGGCGUCGUGACCUGCUGGCACGGCGGCGACGAGGUGAACCAACAAGACGGCCUCAAGCGCGCCUUCGAGACCCGGUUCCCGGGGAUGACGCUCAACGUCACGGUCAACCGCUCCAAGUACCACAGCGUCAAUAUCGACAGACAGCUCGCGUCCGGCGGCCCGCUCGAGGUAGACACCAUCAUCCUCCAGGCGCUGCAAGACUACCCCCGCUGGGAGCAGCAGGGAGCGCUCCUGCACUACGCGCCGAACAACUACUUCAAAGUGCUCGCGCCCUUCCGGCAUGUCCGCGCCGCGUACUAUGGCUUCGCUAUGAACGCCUGGUCGACGGUCUGGAACACGCAGAAGCUCGCGAGUCCCCCGCGGGAGUGGCCCGACUUCUUGAAGCCCGAGUACAAGGACAAGAUCGUCUUGACGCAUCUCAGUGACGACGACGCCAUUGCUUACAUCUUUGAUCUCGUUAUGCACCAAUACGGUCCCCAAUGGUUCGACGGCCUCCUGGCCAAUAACCCCCGAUGGGUUCGCGGUACGGGAUCUCCCCUGGCAGUGCUUCGACAGCCCAACAGCACACAGUCCGUCACCUUCACCGCCAGCAUCGGUCUCCGACCUUCCGGCAGCCUGAACGCCUCGUUUCCAACCGAGGGACUCUUCGUCAGCUGGCCGAGGUCCAUCGCCAUCUUUAAGGACGCCCCUCACCCCGAGGGUUCCAAGCUCCUUGCUAAUUUCCUCCUGGACGACGAGUUCCAGCGCAACUCGUCCCAGUGGAGCGCCCGCAAGGACAUUGCUGCCCCUGGUGGCUACCCGGGCAUUCUCGACAUGGAUGCGACCAACUCUGCCGAGUAUCUCCGGUUCAUGUCGGAUCGCGGCCGGGUGGAGGCUCUUAGGAUGAUGUUUGAGGAUAAGAUCGGGAUGCCGCAGGGGCCUAGUCCAUUGGUUGAUGACCUUUGA